AUGAGAGGGUGUAUACCAACAAGAAGACCGGCCAGAUUGAUCACGGUUAAUUUCAAGGAUUUUGAUGCGAGAACCGAUGCUUGUAACGAGAAGUCGAUAGAGUUUCUUAGACGCAACGGUCUCAAUUUCAAGAAAAUCAGACAAGAGGGAGUGGGGAUCGAAGAGUUUUUCAAAGAGUUCGGUCAGAUUCUCAAAGACGUGGACAAGAAGUUGAAGUGGGUUUCGUUCGACGGUUCGUACGACUUAGCGUAUCUGGUUCAAGGCCUGACCGGAAGAAAACCACUGCCCGAGACUUUAGAAGCUUUUAACAAAACCGUUGAGGAAACUCUAGGGCUUACUUUUGAUGUCAAGAAGAUUGCGGUUGAUUGCAAAGGUGUGUCUGCCCGCUACGGUUUGCAGAGAAUAGCAGACGAUCUUCACAUCAAACGUGUGGGUGAUGCGCACCAUGCCGGUUCCGACAGCGAGCUCACUGCCCGAGUGUUUACUGACUUGAUUUUCAGCAUAUCGAAGGAGCAACAGAGAGAGCGUGAAGAGGAGAAACAGAAUGAAGAGCGUAUGAAACGUGCUAUGCAUAUUAUGCACGAAGCCGAAGAAGCUUUUGUGAUGGAAAGACGUGGUUAUGAGAAGGUACAGCCAAGAUGUGGUUACUUACCGGUACUGCAUCCACAACCAAGACCGGUUGUGUACCAUCCUUACCCACCACAGUUUGCUGGCUACUUUUGUUUGGCUUCCUUUGACUAUUGGGUUGGGACAGUGAUAAGACUCUUGGAAAUUAAAGACGAUCUUAUUGCUUAUCGUACCAACCGUUGCCAGCUCAGCUUCAUUCUAAGAGUCUCCUUGUGCCAGCUCAGCUUCUGUACUCAUCAGACUGUUACAUCUCUGGUGCCCAUCGUUUGCUUGGUCAUCUAA